AUGGGGAGAACUGAUCAAACUCCCCGUGGGAUGACAAGUGAUAACUUUGCCACCUCUUUCAACAAGGGGUGGUUCACCAUUAGAGGGGCACUGAUGGCGAUUGUUGGCCUGAUCAUCCAGGGUGGGUUCUUACCGGUGGCAUUGACCGCUGACUGGAUGCAGAUGCCGCAGAUGCCCGCCGACAACAACGACAAUCCCUCUCAGCCAUCGGCCGCCACACCACAUGGCACAGACGACAAGAACAUGCCCUCAACCAUCUGGACCGACCUCAACAUCACUCAAGACCCAACCAUCACAAACUUCUUGUCCUUCAAUAGCCACGCCGAAGUCAACUCAUGGGCUGAAGACUACACUGGAGAGUUGACUGCUGCAGGCACCGCUUCAUCUGCGAUUGAGCGUUCUGACGACCCAGCGGAUUACAUGACUCUGACGGCUGCCAGUAUCGUGCGCACUGAGACGCUCGCCCGAGAGAAUUUCAAGGAUAUCGGAACCCUCCAAGCCAUUUCCAAAGUCACUGCGGACCGUGUCUAG